AUCUUCGGCUCGGACCAGGAGGUGGCGGGCGUGAUGCGCGCGGUGCGGCGCAGCAACGCCACGGGCAGCUUCUCGUGGAUCGGCUCGGACGGCUGGAGCGCGCGCUCGCUUGUGUCCGACGGCAACGAGCCCGAGGUGGAGGGCACGCUGUCCGUGCAGCCGCAGGCCAACCCGGUGCGCGGCUUCGAGGAGUACUUCCUCAACCUCACCGUCGAGAACAACCGCCGCAACCCCUGGUUCGUGGAGUUCUGGGAGGACCACUUCCACUGCCGCUACCCCAACAGCUCGCGCACGCCCUACAACCACAAGUACAAGCGCGCCUGCACCACCAAGGAGCGGCUGUCGCGACACAACACGGCCUUCGAGGGCCAGCUGCAGUUCGUGAGCGACGCCGUGCUGGCCUUCGCGCAUGCCUUCAGGGAGAUGCACCGGGAGCUGUGCCACGGCCUGCCCGGGCUGUGCGAGGCCAUGCGCCCCACCAGCGGCCACGAGGUGCUCAAGUACCUCAGGAAGGUCAGCUUCCAAGGUCUGAGCGGAGACAAGUUCCGCUUCGACGCGAACGGCGACGGGCCAGCGCGCUACAACAUCAUCCACUUCAAGCAGGUGCGCGCCGGCCGCUACCAGUGGGUGCGCGUGGGCGAGUACAUGGAGGGCGAGCUGAUCCUCAACAUGUCAGAGAUCCAGUUCAAGCUGGGACAGCCGCAGCUGCCCGAGUCGGUGUGCAGCCUGCCCUGCAGCCAGGGCCAGGCCAAGAAGUACGUGGAGGGCGAGAGCUGCUGCUGGCACUGCUUCAACUGCACCCAGUACCAGGUGCGACACCCGCUGGACGAGACCCAGUGCGUGGCCUGCCCUCAGGGCACGGUGCCUGACCACGCGCGCUCCCGCUGCCAGGACAUCCCCGAGGUGUUCCUGCGGGCCACCAGCGGCUGGGCCAUCGGCGCCAUGUCGCUGUCGGCCACGGGCAUCCUGCUCACGCUGUUCGUGGGCGGCGUGUUCCUGCGGCACAACGACACGCCCGUGGUGCGCGCCUCGGGCCGCGAGCUCAGCUACGUGCUGCUCACCGGCAUCCUGCUCUGCUACUGCGUCACCUUCGCGCUGGUGUUGCGCCCCACGGACGCCGUGUGCGGCGUGCAGCGCUUCGGCGCCGGCUUCUGCUUCGCCGUGGUGUACGCGGCGCUGCUCACCAAGACCAACCGCAUCGCGCGCAUCUUCAAUGCCGGCCGGCGCACGGCCAAGCGGCCCAGCUUCAUCUCGCCGCGCUCGCAGCUGCUCAUCUGCAGCUUUCUUGUGGGCGUGCAGGUGCUGAUAAACGGCGUAUGGAUCCUGGUGUCGCCCCCGCGCGCCGUGCACCAUUACCCCACGCGCGAUGACAACCACCUGGUGUGCUCGUCGCACAUCGACGCCUCCUACAUGAUCGCCUUCGGCUACCCAAUCCUGCUGAUCGUCGUGUGCACCGUGUACGCCGUGCUCACACGCAAGAUCCCCGAGGCCUUCAACGAGUCCAAGUACAUCGGUGACUUCACCAUGUACACAAUCUGCAUGAUCUGGCUGGAAUUAGUGUCACUGUAUGCAUCACUGUCGGGAGUGGGCCUGACUCUAGUGGGAGAAGGUUAUUGUUCUUGA